AUGGCCACACAGGCUCGGUCUACGCCCACGGUGCCGCAGCACUUCCAGACAAGCCCAGAGCUGUGGGCUGGGCCUACGGCGACGGGCGCGCCGGCGUUCCUCGCGCAGACCAGGACAUUUGACCCCACAGCCACCUUCGUGCCGAACCAGCCGCUGCAGACGGCGGUCCCCAUCGAGGGCAUGGGCGCUGCCAACGAGAGCAUUUUCCACAUGAUGGGGUACCUGUCGCCGUACACACCGUCUCCCGGUUUCGGCGUCGACGAGUGGCCCUUACCCCCCGGCGCGGAGAUUGUCCAGCUGCAGAUGCUGUCGCGGCACGGAUCACGGUAUCCCACGUCCGGAACGGGCUCCAAUGUGAUGUUGCUGGGGCAGAGGAUCGCGGCGGCCAAGGAGGAGAAGAAGGACGGCGGGUCGGGCUUCAAGGCCAGUGGUCCACUCUCGUUCCUCAACGAGUGGGAGUACCAGCUGGGCUACGAGAUCCUCGUGCCCAAGGGCCGCCAGGAGCUGUUCGACUCGGGUAUAUUGCACUCGUACAUGUACUCGAGCCUGUACAACCCCAACAGUAAGAUCAUCGUUCGCACCACGACGCAGGACCGCAUGCUCAAGUCAGCCGAGUACUUCAUGGCUGGCUUCUUCGGGCUGGAGUGGCCCAACAACGCCACCAUCGAGGUCAUCAUCGAGGCAGACGGGUUCAACAACUCCUUGGCCGGGUACAAAAACUGUCCCAACUCUAAGCUGGAGGGCGGGAUGAAUGCCACGGCUGAGUGGGCGCAGGUGUACCUGCAAGAGGCGACGACCCGUUUAAGUAGUAUGGUGGAGGGGUACGACUGGACGGUUGAGGAUACGUAUGCCGCGCAGAGCAUGUGUCCUUAUGAGACGAUUGCGUAUGGCUUCAGCCGCUUUUGUGAACUCUUCACCUAUGAGGAGUGGAAAAACUUUGGCUACUCGGUCGACCUAUUCUUUUCAGCCGCGUCCGGUUGGCAGUCCAAGACCGCCCGUGCCGUCGGCAUAGGCUACCAACAAGAAGUUAUAGCCCGCCUCAAGAACCAUACGCUCGGCUACUCGGGCAGCCAGAUCAACACAACGCUCGACAGCAGCACCGAUACAUUCCCCCUCAACCAGUCGCUCUACCUCGAUUUUUCCCAUGACACUAACAUCAUCUCCAUCCUCGCUGCCUUCGGGCUCACAUCCACCCGCGACGACCCACCCCUCUCCUCCCGCCACCAUCCGGGCAAGCACAACUUCACCGUAUCGCAUCUGACGCCCUUCGCUGCCCGGCUCGAUAUGGAAAUCAUCCGCGCCCCCAAGCCCGUGCGUGCGGAUCGCGGCGGGGACGGGUACGUGGAGGACGAGGAGGGGGCGGCCGGGGGUGAGACCCGGUACAUCCACUUUGUGCUGAAUCAGAGGACGAUCCCGCUAGGUUGGAGCUUCGCCGAGUGCGACGCGAGCCGGGUCGACGGGUGGUGCGAGCUGGAGACGUUCCUGAAGGUGCAGGAGAAGAUGCCCGAGCUGGCCAGGUUCGAGGAGACGUGCUUUGGAGACUUCAACACGCUAGAGACGGUCGUCUAA